AUGGCUCCAUCAUUGGAAAAUGAGGUGCCUAACAAAUCUAGAGUCACAGUUGUUGGCAGUGGCAAUUGGGGAAGUGUGGCUGCCAAGCUCAUUGCCUCCAACACCCUUAAGUUUCCCUCUUUCCACGAUGAAGUGAGAAUGUGGGUAUUCGAAGAGACAUUGCCAAGUGGUGAGAAACUCUCGGAAGUCAUCAACAGAACGAAUGAAAAUGUCAAAUAUCUUCCGGGCAUAAAGCUUGGUAAAAAUGUUGUUGCAGACCCGGACCUUGACCAUGCAGUGAGGGAUGCAAACAUGUUAGUAUUUGUAACCCCACAUCAAUUCAUGGAGGGUAUAUGCAGAAAGAUAGUAGGAAAGAUAAGGGAAGAUGCGGAAGCAAUUUCCCUCAUUAAAGGAAUGGAGGUCAAGAUGGAAGGUCCAUGCAUGAUCUCUACCCUCAUAACAGAACAGCUUGGGAUUAACUGUUGUGUUCUAAUGGGGGCAAAUAUCGCUAAUGAGAUUGCGGUGGAGAAGUUUAGUGAAGCAACUGUUGGAUACAGACAGAACAAAGAGAUUGCAGAGAAAUGGGUUCGGCUAUUUAGCACUCCUUACUUCAUGGUCACAGCUGUUCAAGAUGUUGAAGGAGUAGAACUAUGUGGUACCCUGAAGAAUGUUGUGGCGAUAGCAGCAGGUUGUGAUUUACUCAUGCUGUUCCUGCCGUUUUAUUUCUUGAAACAUUUUCAACUUCUUUUUUUGAGUAAUGGAGAAUUUGGUACUGAUAGUACAGGUUUUGUGGAUGGUUUGGAGAUGGGAAAUAACACGAAGGCUGCAAUAAUGAGAAUCGGUUUGAGAGAAAUGAAAGCCUUCUCGAAGCUGCUGUUUUCUUCUGUUAAGGACAACACCUUUUUUGAGAGCUGUGGUGUAGCUGAUCUGAUAACAACUUGCUUAGGAGGAAGAAACAGGAAAUGUGCAGAUGCUUUUGCCAGGAAUGGCGGGAAAAGGUCUUUUGACGAGCUAGAAGCAGAGUUGCUUCAAGGACAGAAACUACAGGGUGUUUCGACAGCCAAAGAGGUUUAUGAGGUUUUAAACCACCGGGGAUGGUUAGAGUUGUUCCCUCUUUUCACAACAGUGCAUGAGAUCUGCAUCGGUCAUCUUCCACCAUCUGCCAUCGUUGAAUACAGUGAGCACACACCCAAAUUCUCCCUGUUGGAAGGCUCUGCUCAAUUUUACUGA